GUGGCUCUUAUUCUCAUUUUUAAGCUAAAUGCCAACACUUGGAAGUGGAGAGUGACAGCGUCUCUGGAAUCGGGGGACCAGGCAGCGGCGGGCCCACCCACCUGGCACCCUCGGCACCCACAGGCAGCGUGAGGCUGAGACCCCCGUCCUGGCCUCUGGGGACCCCGAAAGGCCCUGGGUCUGGGGAGGGGCAGAGUCACACCAGUGCCUCCAAAGGUCCAGCCGGUGACGACGGCGAGAAAGAGGAGGAGGAGGAGUGGUCGACAUCGACAAAGCCUUUACACGGGAGCUCGGCCCUGUGCCCUUUACACACACCGACCCGUCUUGCUCUCACCACGACCUAUGAGGGGCUGUUAGCCCCAUCUUUUCAGAUGAAGAAACGGAGGCAGAGAGAGGUGGACUGACUUGCCUGAGGUCACGCAGCUUGGUGGCAGAGCCAGGCGCUGCUGAGAUGGGAGGCGAGUGAGGCUCCCGCAGCCACUGACUGUCUGAGGCUGUCUGGUUCCAAGCGUGAGGAUGAGCCCCAUGUUUGUCCCUGAUCUAGGUACAAACACCGUGUGUUUCCCCCCAACUCCAACCCCAAGGCUGGUUUUCUCAGGCACCUCAUCAGGCAGGGAAGGAGGGCAGAGUCAUUCAGGAGCCAGGUCAGGGGGCUUGGCCCAGCUCCCGGCUCAGCCUCCCUGGCUGCUGACUGCAGACCAACCCCGCCGACCUCAACAGGAAGCGGACCCACCGACCUCAACAGGAAGAGCGCAGACCCAGAAGGAUCUCUCACCACACCUGCCGUGGCACCUGCUCCACAAGUCACCACACCCAGCCUCCCAGCCCAGCGGAUUUGCAAAAGAGAAAACAGGACAGACACACAACCUCCCACCCCGAGCGUUCCCUAGCAUCGGGUGACUGACUGAGAGCUUCCUCCCUCUUCGAGUGCCCGCUGGACGUGCCCAGCCCCCUCCGGCCGCAGCUGGCGUGGGUGGUGAUCACAAGCUCAGCCUCCUCCGGGCAGAUGCCUCCCACCCCCAGGGAAAAGCACCGAAGGAUCCCAGGGAGGCCAGCCACCGCACUCUGCCAGCCCCGGGCCUCGGUGGCCAACUCUGCCAGCUCAAAAGUCACCUUUGCUUCAAUUCUUCACCGGCCCAGCCAGAGCUCGCCCCAAACCCCCUCCCACUCAGCCCGGCAGGAACCAGGAACCAUCCCCUAUUGGGCAAUCAUUAAUCGGAUUCUUGACAUUCCUCUGCCCCAGGUCUGCUUGGGAACAUGCUCCCCAGAGGAGGAGGAGCAGAGGCCCAGGACUGGCAUCUGGACAUGCAGCUGACGGGCCAGCUGGUGCUGUCCGCCGCUGCCCUGCUCCUGCUGACCGCAGCCUACAGGCUGUACAAGUCCAGGCCAGCCCAGGCCCUGCCGUGGGGGGCGGACGCCAAGGCCGAGGCUGAGGCGGAGGCAGGGGGCUCCGGGCAGCCUGCCGCCCAGGAGGCUGUUCCCGGGGCACCACGGUGGGACCUGAGACGCCGAAGGGGAAGCAAAGGGGCCACAGGACCACCAGGCUGCAGCUGGGAGAACACAGAGGCCUCCAGAGUCCCGGCCACCGGAGCUUCAUCUGCAACCUCAGAAGCUGGAGAGGCUGGGAAAGCUGGGAGGAAACGUGCUGGAGAGGAGCAUGCUGGGCAGUGCCCGGACUCUGACCUGCCAGCUCCUCGGUGUGGAGACCAGGAAGCCGGAACAGCUGUGGACGGUAAGCCCAAGCUGCCCCAUCGCCCCCAUCAGUGCAGUGAACCCCCAAGUCCCCCAGCUGGCCUCCCCUCCGUGGAGAGCGGCCGUGUGGGUGGUGAGCUCGCUCCUGGGCAGGACGGUGGACCCCCCAAGCAUCCAGGGAGCGGGGAGCAGGAAGCCCCCCAUGAAGGUCAGGCGGCCCACUGUGAAGGCCAGUGCGACAUGAACAACAGCUGGGUCUUUACCCACGCAUCAGGGGUCCACAGGGAAGAGGCAGCGGCCCUCCAGGCUGCCUCAGACCUAGGCCUGGCCCUGCGUCAGCGGGAGGGCGCCUCCGACGCCUCCUACACCUUCUCGUCCGUGGCCCGGGUUCGAGUAGAGGAGAAUUUCUUACUGGAGAAGGUGGAGGGGAUCAGGCCCAGGCUGAAGGGCAAGGUGUACGAUUACUACGUGGAGUCCACCUCUCAGGCCACCUCCAGGAGCAGGCUGGCUCCCGGAACAGCCGCCUCGGCAGGGGCUCCAGCCCCUGAGUCAGAGUCAGGCCCCCUGGGAACAAGGAUAGCGUCUGGACGGCCUGCCAGUGACGAAGAAGGCGGACAGGAGACCGCUGUCUCCCCCGGGUCUGACCCCUCUGGCUCCGCGCGAGGCUUCAGCCGCAAGGAGAGCCUCCUUCAGAUCCUGGAGAACCCGGAGUUUCAGCUACAGCUCGAUGGCUUUGGGGACACUGCUCCAUCCUGCCCAGACCAGAGAGCCGCGCCCACCCACCCCACGUCCCAGGAUUCUCCUGAGUCCAGCUCAGCCGGAAGCCGCGGGAAGCCCCAAGUGCACUCUGUGGCUGGCACCAAUUUCUUCCACCCCCCGCUCAGCCCUGGAUCAGCCCCAGAGGUCCACCUGGAUCUGGGCAAUUGCUACGAGGCGCUGACCUUUGCCAAGAGGAAGAAACUGGAGCCCCUGAAGGAGGCCGCCUACAAGGUGAUGAGUGACAACUACCUCCAGGUCCUGCGGAGCCCCGACAUCUACGGGCGCCUGAGCGGGGCCGAGCGGGAGCUGGUCCUCCAGCGCCGGCUCCGGGGGCGCAAGCAGCUACUGGUGGCCGACGUGUGCCCCCAGGAAGGCUCCGGCCGCCUCUGCUGCUACGACGAUGAGCAGGACGUCUGGCGCCCGCUGGCCCGCCUGCCGCCCGAGGCUGUGUCCCGGGGCUGCGCCAUCUGCAGUCUCUUCAAUUACCUCUUCCUGGUGUCUGGUUGCCAGGGCUCCGGGCUCCAGCCCUCCAACCGCGUCUUCUGCUACAACCCGCUGACGGACAUCUGGAGCGAGGUGUGCCCCCUGAACCAGGCGCGGCCGCACUGCCGGCUGGUGGCCCUGGACGGACAGCUGUACGCCGUCGGGGGCGAGUGUCUGAACACGGUAGAAUGCUACGACCCUCGCCUGGACCGCUGGACCUUUGCGCCGCCGCUGCCCAACGACAGCUUCGCCCUGGCGCACACGGCGGCGGCCAGCGGGGGCGAGCUCUUCGUCACCGGGGGCUCGCUGCGCUACCUGCUGCUGCGGUUCUCUGUCCGGGAGCAGCGCUGGCGCGCCGCGCCCACCGGGGGCGGCAGGGACCGCACGGCCGAGAUGGUGGCGGUCAGAGGCUUCCUCUAUCGCUUCGACCUCAACCGCAGCCUGGGCAUCAGCGUGUACCGCUGCAGCGCCAGCGCCCGCCUCUGGUACGAGUGCGCCACGUACCGGACGCCGUACCCCGACGCCUUCCAGUGCGCAGUGGUGGACGAGCUCGUCUACUGCGUGGGGCGCCGGCGCACGCUGCGCUUCCUGGCCGACAGCAUCUCGCCCAGGUUUGUGCCCGAAAUGAGGCAGGCCUUCCCUUCCCCGCAGGGCACCCUCCUGCCCACCGUCCUGACCUUGCCCGGUCCUGAUGUGCCCCAGACCAGGGUCUAGCAGCCCGUCUGCUGGGCUCCUUCUGCAAGACUAGACGGAAAAACACCCCCUACCCAUCGCGGCAUGGGCCAUUUCUAGGAGAUCGGGGCGCAGGGGAAUCUGGCCGGCAAGAGGUGAAUUUCAGUCCCGCCUCCUCCACGGUCUGGGCUUCUUAGCUGCAUCUUUGCCCUCUUUGGACAGCAGCCCUAGUGUGAAAAUGAAACGGAGGACUGAUGUUCUGAGGCCCACGGUGCCCACGUCUGCAGGGUUGACCACCACCUUGCUUGAGGUCUGAAUUUGGUGGGGAGAGGGCUACCAGGACCCCAGCAAAGUUCAGGGGCACAGCCUUAUCACAGGCACGGUUCCAGAGGUUUUUUGACUCCCAGUGACCCCUCAAGCUGACCCUGCUGAAUCUGGGCCAGCCCUCUCUAAGCCACCAGGGCCUCUUCCUAACCAUUGGCCACUGAGCCCCGAGAAGCACCUGGGACACACACAGGUGGAGAAAAUUGAGGGGGGCUGUUCAGCAGGACUAGGACAAGCCUGGGGAGCUCCAGGGGGCCUAGCCAGAGGGAGCGAUGGCUGGAGGAGCAGCAGAGCGCCAGUUGAAGCCGCCCACGGGAACUCUUGCCUGCAGAGUGAAUUGACCGAAGCCCGCUUUGCUUUUCCUCAUUACAUGGACUUCCAGUAUACUGGAAAGAGGAGAAGCCUCCAUGUUUAGCAUCCAUUUAUAAAGGGACAUCUGCUUGCAGGGUCUACUGAGAAUACAGUUGAUGGCAAGGAAAAAAAAAAUGUGAUCCAAGGGCCACCCUCCUGCUGGGCCCAUUGUUAUUUGACCACCGCACUCUCUCCCCAGAUCUCAGAACCCUUCACAGCACAGCCACUGAUGCAACCUGGGGGCAGCCCUUCCAGGGGGUGAGAGGGGAUGGCAUCCUUUGCCUUCCCUGAGCCUGUGGUCGCCUGGUCUGCCUCAUCAGACAGGAGCGGGCCAGGGAGGGGCAGGCCCACGGUGGAGCUGAGGGACCAGCGAGUUCUCCUGCUGCACCGGGAGGCUGGGCCCUCCUUUCACAGCAGGCUUGGCAAAUUCUCAAAGGGAGGAAAGCUUCCACCCUUGGGAAGUUACCUCUUCUUCCCAGAAGGAAGGGGGAGAGACUAGUCCAAUCUAUUACCAUGGCGCUGAUCCAUCUCCAAGGGAGAUGCAGAUACCGACAGGAAAGCAGUCAUGCUCUUGGUACCAGCCAGAAGCCAGGAGAGCCGGGACUACUUCUAAAGUGAGCGGCGGCAUCAGGAAAGAGGACGAGAAGGCAGGUGCGCCUUGGCGGGCCUGACAGGUGGGGAGGUGGGAGUGCUCAGACUUCGGCAUCCCUGUCUUGAAAACGGGAAGGACAAUCUGUGUGCUGCCGUGCCUGGGGGACAAAGGUGAGCACCUGCAGGAAGCUCUUCCCUGUCCCAGGGGGUCCUGGCAGGGGCUUGUGUCCCUGCAGCUGCUGGCGCUGAGCUGGGGGUCUUUUUAGAAGAGGAGGGACUGGAACAAAGAACCAGAGGAGGUUGGUGUAGAGAUGAACCCUUUCCUUGGACCUCAGAAGCCCACCUCCCCUAUUCUAGGACUUGGGAGGUGAGGCAGCUUAGUUUAUUUCUACACUGGAAGCUGGGGGAGGAAAGAUAGCUGAGACCAUGGCUGGAGCCUGGGAGAGUGACUGCCUCUCCAAACCCCCUCCACCACCAAGGCCAUGCUCAAGUUCAUAGUCAGCAUGCGGUCGUGGACCUCCCAGGGACCCGGCGGGGAGGGGAGACGUGAUGCCCAGCAGGGGAACGGGUGGAGAGCCCCAUCUGGGAGCUGGAACAGGUAGAACCAGAUCGAGGCCAGAGGCAGGCCUCCGAUAAGGAGUCAGGCAGAGGACAAGACCUCAGCCGAGCUGGGUAGGGCAUGAGGGAAAGCUCCAAGCCAAGGGUGAGAGCUAGGGCUCGCUCUGGGAAAACCUUCUGAAGCCCGUCACACACAUACGGCAGGGACUAGGGAAACGGAUCCAGGGGUGAAGCAGCAAAGCUGGCUCUAGACCAGCGGUGGUGGCUGUGUUCCUCGUGACCAAGGGAGAGCUGAGACUCGGGCCGAGGCUGGGACAGAACGGUGCCGUGCGUCUCGUCUGCCUCCCGCGCUCCCACGGCAGACAUCACUGACCGAUCGCUGUGUCCUUUCUUGUUGAGCUCUUUCCAUGGCCUCAGAACUAUUUCAGCACGGGGCCCAGGAAGUCAUUACCAGCAGAUCAGGGCUAGUGCAUUCCUGGCCUGGGUCUCCAGAGCUGGAUUUAGGGAUGAAAGCCGUCAGAGCAAGGUAGUCCGGGGGCCUGCAAAGACCACCUGGGGCUGUGAAAGUCAGGGUUCAUUUUGUUGUUGCUCAGUCGUGUCUGACUCUUUGUGACCCCAUGGACUGUAGCCCGCCAGGCUCCUCUGCCCAUGGGAUUUCCUAGGCAAGAAUACUGGAGUGGGUUGCCAUUUCCUUCUCCAGAGGAUCUUCUCCACCCAGGAUCGGACCCAUGUCUCCUGCAUUGGCAGGCAGAUUCUUUAGCACUGAGCCACCGGGGAAGCCCCAGGAUUCAUUUACAGAAUGUUUAAACCAGGCGCUACUCCAGGUGUUAGAGACACAGCACAUCCCUGUCCUCGUGGAGCUCACACUCUGGCUAUGGAAAACAAGCAGUUUAAAAAAAAAAAAAAGCAAGUAGAUAAAGAAACAAACAGCAGCCAUGCUGCACAUAGUCUGCAGAGGAGAGAAGGAGGGGCAGUGGGGUGGUGCAAGCAGGCUCCCUGACCAGUCGAGGCUGUGCAGAGCCCUGAGGGGACAUCCUGCAGGGACCAGGGCUCCGGGCCAGGAGGGCUGGCCUGCCUCCCGAAGGGCUUUGCCACGCCAGCGGGGGCAGGGAGCAGGACUGCCUCCCAGGCGCUCCAUCUUGGUGCGUGAGGAGGGCAGGAGCCCAGCUCUCCUGCUUCCACCUUUACCUAUAAAGGAGAGAAUCCCAUUACGCUGACAUUCAUGAGAGAGGGGCCUUGGCUGGAGAUAAGCUACCUUCCCCAGAGAGAAGCAGAGUUUACACAUUUAGAUACUGAAGUCGCUCGGUCGUGUUCGUCUCUUUGCGACCCCAUGGACUGUAGCCCACCAGGCCCCUCCGUCCAUGGCAUUUUCCAGGCAAGAGCACUGGAGUGGGUUGUCAUUUCCUUCUCCAGGGGAUCUUGCCGACCCAGGGAUCAAACCCAGGUCUCCCGCAUUGCAGGCAGAUUCUUUACCAGCUGAGCCACCAGGGAGUAUACACAUUUAGGGGGGAGGGUCAGAAUAACACACGAUGCCCCAUCUGAAUACAUGCUGGGCAUCAGCCAGCCCAUGUGGCUCCUUGCCGGCAGAGGCCAGGAUCUCCACUGGCCUCUUUAGUAGCCGUGUCCGCUGUCCUCUCACCCUCGGCCUCAGCGUGGCCUGUGUGUUGCUUGGCUUCUCCAUGGCUCAUCUGUCCUUCUUUCCUAAUGUGAGUUCUUUCUUCUUUAGGAAAACAAAAACAAAAACCUUGAGUUGUUUUGCACAUUAGGCCAACCAUGCCAUUAUAGAAAAAAACUGGAAAAUAGAGAAAGGUAUUAAAAAAAUCUCCCCAAUUUUCCACCCAAAGACCAACCCCCGCUGUGGUGUGGGUCCCUCUGGUCUGUUUUCCUGUGUGUGAUUUUUCUUUGGCUUGAUUUUUGCCUCGGUGUGAUUAUGCUGAAUAUACAAUUCAGUUGCUUCCCUUUUUUUUUUUAAACUUAGCGUUAUAGAAUAAGCAUUUUCCCGUGUUAUUACAAACCCUUGGUAAACAUCAUUUCAAUAGUUGCACAAUAUUCCAUCCAGUGAACCUGCCAUGGUUUAUUUAAACAUUCCCCCCUCUGUCAGGCCUGUAGAUAUUUUUUUUUCCCUGUUGGUUUCUUUUUCUGUCAUAAAUAAAGCGCCCUUUGUUUUCGCGUU